AUGGGCUUCUUGCCUCUCCUUGGAGCGGCGGCUGUGGCUGCUGGCCUGAGCAAUGCACACCGUGUCCACACCAGCUCUAUCGCGCUGCAGACGCCGACUGUGAUCCUGCAGCAGGUAGACUUUGAGGCGUCGAUCGAGCUGCCGGAGCUCAAGAAUGGGUCUGUAUACCCGAAGCAUUUGUGGUAUCGCGUAGAGGAUUCGGACGGGUCUGUUGUGACCAAUGGCACCGUCAAGACGCUCGAUGUCGAUGGCAAUUUCAGGUCUCAGCUGUCGAUCCCUAUCAAGCAGUUGCAGUUGGACUCUUAUGGAGAGCACAACCUCACUACAACCGUGCAAUUCGACGAUGUGCUGCUGUUCCGUGCUACUCACACUACCGUAGUAGUUGUGUCACCGGGGUGGGUAUCACUGCUACCACCACUGGUGACUCUGGUAAUGUCGGCUGUGCUGGGCCAAGUAACAGUAUCGCUUCUGGCCGGUAUCUGGUGUGGCGCCAUCAUCGUCUCAAAUGGAGACCCGUUCACGGCUUUCCUGCGCACAUUCGACCAGUACUGGGUGAAUGCGUUUACAGUGGACGAUCACGCUGGUGUAUUGCUAUUCACGAUUGUUCUUGGUGGGACUAUUGGCGUGGUUCAGAAGGGUGGAGGCGGCCACGGUUUAGCGCUGGUUGCCAAGAAGUUUAUGACGUCGUCUCUGCGUAUGCAACUGUCGACCUGGCUAUUGUGUCUUGUCAUCUUCUUCGAUGACUACUCGUGUAUCCUGAUUGUUGGAAGCUCGCUACGUCAGGUGCUGAGUCAGACGGGUGUCAGUCGCGAGAAGUUUGCGGCUAUUAUUCACACUGUCGGCGUCUGCUUGCCAUCCAUGUCUCCUGUAAGCGCAUGGAUUGGUGUAGAAAUCGGCUACGUCGCCGCACAGCUCCGCGAUCUGAAUCUCGACUGGGACCCGUUCGUCACGUGUCUUUCGUGUCUGCACUACCGUUUCUUCCCGAUCCUCUUCAUCGCUUUUAUUUUCAUCACGAUCAUUUGCGAGAAGGACUUCGGCCCAAUGGUGCAGUUCGAGAAGGACGCCGCUGCAUCGCCGAUCAACGACGGUUCCAUGACUCCAGUGUAUCCGGGACCGAUGGACAGCCCCAAACCUGAACUCGCUCCGUUGGAACCUGACACAACUAAACCUCUGCGGUGGCAGAAUGCUGUGGUGCCGUUCCUCAGUAUCGUCGUGCUGACCUUCGUGGGGAUGAUUUUCGACGGCUUCGACAGUUUGUACAGCCAAGACCCCAAUGGCUCCUUCGGGAUUCUGGAUGCGUUAAGCCACUGCGACUCAGUGUCGUCGCUGAUCCGUGCAUCUGCUGCUGGAUGGGUUAUUGCAGUCACGCUGUUGUUGUUGCAGCGUAUCGUCACACUGAACGAAGCUACCAAGGCUUGGAUGGAAGGCGUUAAGGAUAUCCUGGACCCGACAUUGAUUCUCACACUCGCGUGGGCUCUUGGCUCGGUAAUUGGUGAAGUUAGCACGGCUCCGUACAUCGCUUCGGUGGUUGGAGAUUCGAUCCCGAAGCAGUUCUUGCCGGCCAUCGCGUGUCUCCUUUGCUACCUCGUGUCGUUCGCAGUUGGCAGUGCGUUUGGCACAAUGGCCAUCAUGUUCCCCAUUCUCGCGCCGCUAUCGUGGUCUAUUAGUGGCGGUGACGCUGAGAACCUGCGUCAAUGCUUCGGUAGCAUCCUGGGCGGCUCCGUGUUCGGCAACACGUGCUCACCGAUCGCCGAUACGUCCAUCUUGGCGUCUCUUUCCGCGCAUGUGCCGCUGGAAAACCACAUACGAAGCAUCUUGCCGUAUGCUGUAUUGGUGGCUGUCGUGUCCGUUGCUGGUGGGUCCCUGCCGAUUGGUCUGAAAAUCUGCAGUACGUUCACGGCAUUCGGCAUCUGUCUCGCUGUGCUGCUACUUGUCGUGUUCUUCUGUGGCACGCGUGUCAAUAUGCGUUACCGAUCGCUGUCCUCGUGCAGCUUCAUGAGCGUAUCGCCUCCCAUGCGAUACGAGGGUGAGAACCAGCCACUGCUAUCGGCAUAG